AUGGUGAAGAAGAUUGAUCAUGAUCAUCCGUUAUUUCUCUCACCUUCCGAUGUACCAAGAGCUGUACAAAUUGGGAUACAGCUCGUCGGAAUGGAGAAUUACACAUUGUGGAGCCAUGCAAUGCAGUUGAAUCUUCUUACGAAGAAUAAAUUGGGGUUUAUUGAUGGGAGCAUCAAGAGAGAUGAUUUUACUAAUGAAUUGGAGAAAAAACAGUGGGAUCGGUGUAAUGCGAUGGAACGAUUUGAUAAAGUGAACAUGUCCAGAAUUUUUCACUUACACAAAGCCAUAGCUACACACAAUCAAGGUAAUUCCCAUGUAUCUGUGUAUUAUUCCAAACUCAAGGAUUUAUGGGAUGAAUUUGACUCCAUCAUUCCGCCACCUUCUUGUGAUUGUGCCAAAUCAAAGGAAUACACAAAAAGUAUGAGUAGACCGAAAUUAUUACAGUUUUUUAUGGGCUUGACUGACAGCUAUGGUCAGGCUAGGAGCCAAAUACUUAUGAUGAAUCCACCACCUAGUGUUAAUCAAUGCUAUGCCAUGAUCAUACAAGAUGAAAGUCAGAGGGUUUUAGGUGUUGAGAACUAUGGUGCAGGUGAAGGAAUUGCACCUACUGCAUUAUUGUCUAAUCGAGGUGGUGGUUCUAGUAGUGGAUCAAGCUCAAGAGGCAGAGGAGGUAGAGGAUACAACCAUUUGCAAAGGCAACCAAGAGGACCUUACUGUGACUAUUGUGACAUGAAGGGGCAUACCAAAGAUGACUGCAACAAAUUAAAGCAUU